UCCUGCAGCCUCCGCGGGUCCGGGAGGAGGAGGAGGAGGAGGAGGAGGAGGAGGGAGGAAGGGGGGGGCCGGGUCCUGCUGUCUCCCCCCCCUCGCCUCCCCCGAUCCCCGAUGCCGCCGGCCUGAGCCCGCCGAGACGAUGCUGCCGCUGCUGCCGCUGCUGCUGCUGGGCACCCCGGGGCUGAGCCUGAGCCCGGGGGCACCCCCGGACCCCGACUCCGCGCUGGUCACUCCCCUGCGCCUGGACCCCGACAUCAACGGGCCGGCUUAUUUCAGGGGGGGCCCUGCCGAGCCGCCCCGGGGGGGACAGGCGGUGGUGAUCCAGCUCUCGGCUUUCGGGGAGGAUUUCUACCUCCACCUCUCCCCCGACGCCCGCUUCAUCGCGCCCGCCUUCGCCGCCCAGUACCUGGGGGCGGCCGCCCGGCCGCUCCCCGCUCUCCGCCACUGCUUCUACUCGGGGGAUGUCAACGCCGACCGCGAGUCCUUCGCCGCCCUCAGCCUUUGCGGGGGGCUCCGGGGGGCUUUCGGAUACCGGGGAGCCGAGUACCUGAUCAGCCCGCUGGCGGGGGGGUCGGCCGGGGGUCUCCAUCGCCUGCAGCGCCGCAGCCCCGGCCGCCCCGUCGGGGCCGGAGCAUCCCGCUGCGCCGUGGGCUCCGGGCUCACCCCCGGCGUGCUGCAGGCGCUCGACAAGUACCGGGGGCGUGCGGGGGGGAAAGGAGGUCGGGCCAAGCGCUUUGCCUCGGUCCCGCGUUACGUGGAGACCUUGGUGGUGGCCGACGAGUCGAUGGUGAAGUUCCACGGGGAUGACCUCCAGCACUACCUGCUCACCCUGAUGGCCACGGCCGCCCGCCUCUACAAGCACCCCAGCAUCCGUAACCCCAUCCAGAUCUCCGUGGUCAAGUUCCUCCUCAUCGGGCAGGAUGACAAGGGGCCCAAAGUCACCAGCAACGCCGCCCUCACCCUCCGCAACUUCUGCGCCUGGCAGAAGAAGUGGAACAAGGUCAGCGACAAGCACCCCGAGUACUGGGACACCGCCAUCCUCUUCACCAAGCAGGACCUGUGUGGUGCCACCACCUGUGACACGCUGGGGAUGGCAGACGUGGGCACCAUGUGUGACCCCAAGCGCAGCUGCUCCGUCAUCGAGGACGAUGGGCUGCCCUCGGCUUUCACCACCGCCCACGAGCUGGGCCAUGUGUUCAACAUGCCCCACGACAACGUGAAAGCCUGUGAGGAGGUCUUUGGCCGGCUGAAGACCAACCACAUGAUGUCCCCCACCCUCAUCCAGAUCGACCGUGCCAACCCCUGGUCAGCCUGCAGCGCUGCCAUCAUCACCGACUUUCUGGACAGUGGCCAUGGGGACUGCUUGCUGGACCAGCCUGCCAAACCCAUCCCUCUGCCCGAAGACCUGCCGGGGACGAGCUACAGCCUGAACCAGCAGUGUGAGCUCGCCUUCGGGGUGGGCUCCAAGCCCUGCCCCUACAUGCAGUACUGUGCCAAGCUGUGGUGCACGGGGAAGGCGCGCGGGCAGAUCGUCUGCCAGACCCGCCACUUCCCCUGGGCCGACGGCACCGCCUGCGGCGAGGGGCGCUUCUGCCUCAAGGCCAGCCCUGGGCAUGUUUCACGGAAUUUGCUGUGCUGGAAGGGACCCACAAGAAUCAUUGAGUCCAACUACAGGGAUGGCUCCAGGCGUGGAGAUGAUGGCUAUGCAUCCUGUCCAUCCCUGCAGGUGGACGGUGGCUGGGCCAAGUGGGCUCCGUACGGGCCGUGCUCGCGGACGUGCGGCGGUGGGGUGCAGCUGGCCCGGCGGGAAUGCACCGACCCCGUGCCGGCCAACGGGGGCUCCUACUGCGAGGGCAUCCGCGUCAAGUACCGCUCCUGCAACCUGGAGCCCUGUGCUGCUGCAGUGCCAGGGAAGAGCUUCCGUGAGGAACAGUGUGAGGCUUUCAAUGGCUACAGUCACAGCACGAACCGCCUCACUGCCUCCGUCUCCUGGGUUCCCAAAUACUCCGGUGUCUCGCCCCGGGAUAAGUGCAAGCUCAUCUGCCGGGCAAACGGCACCGGCUACUUCUAUGUGCUGGCACCCAAGGUUGUGGAUGGCACCCCUUGCUCCCCGGACUCCACUUCGGUCUGUGUCCAGGGAAAAUGCAUCAAGGCAGGCUGUGAUGGGAAGUUGGGCUCCAAGAAGAAGUUUGACAAAUGCAGCGUGUGUGGAGGAGACAACAAGAGCUGCAAGAAGGUCUCAGGCUUGUUCACCAAACCCAUGCACGGCUACAACUUUGUGGUGGUCAUUCCCGCGGGCGCCUCCAACAUUGACAUCCGGCAGCGGGGCUACAAAGGACUCAUCAGCGACGACAACUACCUGGCGCUGAAGAACGCGCAGGGCAAGUACCUGCUGAACGGCCACUUCAUCGUCUCGGCCGUCGAGAGGGACCUGAUGGUGAAAGGCAGCGUCCUGCGCUACAGCGGCACCGGCACCGCCGUCGAGAGCCUCCAGGCCUUCAAACCCAUCCAGGAACCCCUGACUCUGGAGGUGCUCUCCGUGGGAAAGAUGACCCCUCCUCGGGUACGCUACUCCUUCUACCUCCCCAAGGAGAGCAAGGAGGACAAGUCCUCCUACAAGAAGGAGGGCAGGACCCCACCGGACCUCAACAACAGCGUCCUCAGCCUGUCCAACCGCUUGGAUGGCGGGAGACCGAGCUACAAGCGCCCCUCCUACAAGUGGGCGGUGGGUGGUUGGGAGGCGUGCUCCGUCAGCUGCGGCGAUGGCUUGCAGAAGCGCUCGGUGGCUUGUCGCGACUCCUACGGCCAGCCGGCCGCCGAGUGCGACGCGGCGCAGCGCCCCGCCGACGUCCGGCUGUGCGGGGAGCCCUGCCCGGCCUGGGAAGCUGGACCGUGGUCUCCCUGCUCCAAGAGCUGCGGUCGGGGGUUCAAGAGACGGGCGUUGAAGUGCCUGGUCCCGACCGGGCGCCUGCUGCCCCGGGAGAGUUGCAAUUUUCGGAGGAAGCCGCAGGAGCUGGAUUUCUGCACCUUGAGGCCGUGCUGAGCUGGUCAAGGGGGGCCUGCAAGGAAGGGCAUGGUGUUCCUAGGGCUGGGUGCAGCCAAGCAGCAACCAGAGGUUGGGAGUGGGGGAGAUGUCCAUAGCACAUAGGAAAAGGGGGAAAAAUAAGAAAAAAAAUGGGAACAAAAAGGGACCUGGGUGUGGGGACAACCCCACGCACCUGGGAGAGAGGGCUUUUACCAACCAGGUCGCUUGGAGACAGAGCGGGAAUGAACAUCUACCUCGAAGCCACUGAACGACACGGAAACCACCGGUGGAGGCUGGGAACUGGGGGGACAGAUGGAAACGAGGAGGAUCAUCCCUGCCUGUGAUGGAUCUGUGGUGGUCCAGGCAGGGAGAUGCCCCUAAAUUGCACAGAUGAGGCCUCCCCCCACCUUCCCAGGACCAACCCUACCUCCCUUCUCCCUGGACUCCCCCAACACUCAUGCUAAACGGGACCAAAAGGAUUUACCAAUGCAACGACCACCGGUGCGAUGAUGCACUGGGACUGAUGCCUCCAGGGCUUGCUGGUGGGGACUUUGUUGUCCCAGCAGCAUCCCCAGGCCAGACUGGAAGGUGGUGGCUUUAUUUUCAUUCUCUCCUCGUGUUUAUGACCUGACCAGUGUAAAUUUUAUGGUGCUUAACUCUGUAUUUUUUUAACCUCCUUCCUCCCCUCCUGAUGGAUGUAAACCUUGCAUAGCAGGGCUGGUGUUAUUCCCAGGGGAUCUCACCAGCCUGAGGUUUCCUAUGGUGCUUUGGGAUGGGGCUGUGUGAACACCUGGAUGCUCCUUUACACCCUGGUCCACCUGAACCUUUUUGGGGCUGAAAGGGGUGACAAUGGAGCUGAGGUUUGAGCUGUCAUUCCAAAAAAGCAACAAGCAGCUGUGCUGUGGUUCCACAGGGUCAGAUGCAGCCCCCCCAGUCAGAGACUUCACCUUGCUCUGGAAAUGGUGCUCAAUGGGACCAGUAGGUCAUGCCCAGAGGUGCCAUAGCCUCCAGCCUUUAGCCAGGUUGGGGUAUUUUUCCUCUGUGUAAAACCUCCCUGAGCUAUCCCUGAGCUCUAUCAGAGCUGGGCUGACUUCCCUGGAAUCCCUUUUGAGCUGAGGGAGAGGGAGGUUAAUUCGGGUCCUUGGCUUUCCUGAGGAAAAAGGGGCUCAGCGGGGUUCAGGCAUGCAGGGAAAAAGGGACUGUCAAACCUCUUGCUACUGCAAAGCAUCUACAACCAGUUUCCCCCUGCAGGUGUUCUGGGGUUGUUCUGUACCUCUGGGGUUAUUCUGUACCUCUGACAGCUUUGUAGCAUCGUGCCCAUUGUGGUCAGAGGCUGUUUUACCUCUCCCAACCCCAAUUUAUCAUUUGGGUCUCUUGCUCAGAUCAAAUCAUCAGGCACCAUUGAAUUUUUUGCUUUGUCACUGAUGAAGUUGCCUCUUAAUCGAUGAGCUGUGACUGAGCAAGCCAAAGCUUCUGGGUCGAGCUGUGCAGUUACUGGGAUGGGCAGAAAGGUGUUUUAGGGAUGAGACACAGAUUUUGGGUAGGCAGAAGAUGUCAUCUCAGCAGGCUUGGAGCCUGCUUGUUCAGUCCCUUGGAGGUACAACACAGACACUCAGCUGUCCCUUGGGUGGCUCCAGAAGGUCUCCAGCUGUGGGCAAGGUGAGAAUGAAAGAAAUGGAACAGGUGGCGUGAGAAUUCCCUUCUUAUCUCUUUCCAGCAGCUCACAAACUCCUUGUGACGAUGUUUGUGGGCUCAUCCUCCCUGGGGAUCCUCCUGGAGGAUCAAUCUAAUGCCUCUUUCAACACAACCAUAUUUUAGGUCCCCACGCUGCUCCACAGAGCCAGGAGCAGAUGUUGUGGUUGCUCUGCACAGCAGGGAACGGGAGUUAAUGUUCUUAGGAAAUCCCUUCCAGGUCUCCAUUCCCAUGAACAUACCACCCAUUUUCCGAGGGUUUUCCUGCAUAUCUGAGCCCGCUGCGCUUUCCUCUGGGGACAGAGCUCUGAGGAGCUGCCCUUUAGUGUCUUGCCAUCCCACAGCUGGUUUCUAAGCCACCGAGAAAUUGUCAGCCUCAUUCCUGAGGAGGGGAGGGAUUCCUCGUGUGUGGUUCUUUUGCUGAGGGUGCAGCAGAAGGACGGAGAUGCCGAUGGUACUGGCUGCUUUGUGUAUACCAUGUAUACUGAACAUCGAUCUCUGCUGUUUGUGCGUCAGUAGCAAACCUGAAAUAAAUCUGUAUUUAAAGUUACACCUGA